AUGGCAUUUUGUGUUUGUACGUGUGUGCAGGUCCAGUUUCUGAUAAGCCGAUGCACUUGCCCAUCCCAAUUCCCCAUGGUGAAGGUAUCAGAGGGCAAAUACAGGGUUGGAGACUCCAACACUCUAAUAUUUGUUCGGAUUUUGAGGAAUCAUGUUAUGGUGCGAGUGGGCGGAGGAUGGGACACCCUGGAGCACUAUCUCGACAAACAUGAUCCCUGCCGCUGCACUUCUCUCAUCCAUAAGUUGACUGCACGUCCAGCUACUCCGGUCCAUGAGAUCAAAGAGCGGUUGACCACACCACGACCUGAUGCCCAGUGUGCUUCUCAGACCACUCUUGUGCUGAGCCGAACUCAGUCCCCCCUUCAGCCAGUUGUCUGGACCCCUUCAGCCCCAUAUAGAGCCCAGAGAGGAUGGCCCUCUCCCCCUCGCUCCUCCUGUUCCCCCGAUCCUGAACAUCAGCCCACCCGCCGGAGAAACAGCCCCUCUCCUAACAAAUUAAGAGAGAGACCGAGUACUCCAUCUCAUGUGUACACUUGUGCUGACAGAAAAGACAGCUUGAAAACAAACUCCUCCAGUAGGACAGGCAGAAAUGCAACACGGACAUCACCCGCACCUCGCCUGACAAGCAGUCUUCCACGGGCCACCCAUCAUCCUCCCACACCACAACCUGAGAUACAGCGUCCUCAAACACCUCUAGUCCUUCAGAGAAACACUAAUCAGAUCCAACCCCAGCAAGCGCCUGAGAAGAAUCUGGGUCAAACCUGGACCAAAUCGCAGUUUGUUUCCAAACUGAGACAAGCUGGAGUAAAAGGACGAGAGAACCAGGACAGAGCGCACCUUCCCCCGGACAUGCAAGAAAGUCCAGGAAGGACCUUCCAGAGUCUUCCCGGAAAUACACAUUCAUGUCCCAAACCUCCGAACAUCACCAUUCAUGAGCCGGAGAGCAAUGGGGGUCCUAAAAAGAGUCUCAUCCGCACCUUUUCUCCUCUUAAAGGGAUAAUAGGGGCCAUCUCAGAAGCACAACACUCCAGACCUAGAACACCAGCUAAGAUCUCUCAAGAAGAGUCUCCAAAUAAAACGAAAAACUUUCUGGAUGUAACUGAACAAGGAGCAGAUAGAUCAGUCAUCAAGGUACAGCACUUGGCCCUACCAGUGCCAAACAUUAUGCAUUCGCCUCUCAUUAGCAGUUCAAGUAAACCUUCUGAAAGCUUUCUUGAGUCUCAGAAGUCUAAAGCAGAUUUAGUUGAAGAGGGGGGAAUUGAAAGAAGUUAUCUCUUCACUCCUCCUCCUCUCAGCCCUUCUCAGGAAGCCAUCCUCUACAAGAGCCUAGAGGAGGAAAUCUUGUCCAAUCUACAGCAGCUAAGCAUCGACACAGAAACCAGCACUAGCUCUGAUGAGAAAAACCAUGAGACUCCUAAGAAUUUGAGAGAGACUCCAUCUGACCGCUGUAAAGCCUCCAACAGAUCAGCAAGUCUUGAUCGGGCAACACCCGACAGUGUUAACAGGGCUUUUGAUGCAGUCAUUGCUGAACUCUCUGGUAGCCAAAGGAAGAUGAAGAAGGUAUCAGUUGAGAAGUGGGUGAACACUCUUCCUAAGGGUCUCAGAGGCAAGGUGGUGGAAGACCACACUACCGCACAUCACCUUAAGGUCUCUAAACCUUGUAUGACCAGUUCUUGGUCCUCAUUGGGAUCCAAUGAGGAGACUGCUGAACUUGUGAAGGUGCCAGUUGACAACUCAAAUGUUGAGACCAAAAUUCCCCCUGGUAAUGUAUCAGGCUUAGGAACUGAACAUGUAAAAAAGCAGAGGAGUUGUUCAAUCAAACCAAGAAGAUCCUUAAGGAAGCCAGAGAGAGUGCCAUCCAUCUUUAAGCUGAAACUAAGACCCUGUGUGCGACCGAGACGUGACCACAGGUCCGACCGAAAGCCUUCAAAGAUCCCAACACCAGUUUUCUACAAAAGAACAAGCUGCAAAGAUGCCAACUCUCAAAACCAGAGAGGAAAUGAUUCCCCACAUGGGCCUUUCGGCACAGAAAACACUUGGACUAAACCAAAAUCCCAGGUCCCAAUACCAAGUGCAACAACGUGCCAAAGAGUAAACAAGGAACCACACGCAGAUCAAGAUCUGGAAUCCUGGGUUUAACCAACAACUCAGUAAAUUUGUAAUUUUGGAGUUUACAGAAAAUUUGACUGCCGAUUCAGACAAAACAUAUGCUAGUCAGGAAGCCAUAUGUUAUUUUUACUUGCUAUUCAAAAAUGCAUUUUUCAGAAAGCGUUUAACAUCCUUUACUAAAAAGCACAGCACUUUCAUAAGAGAUAAAGUCGCCUUACCCUGAAUGAAAUACUUUGGCGGUUUGUUUGUUUAUACAUAUAUUUUUUAAUGUAAAGUACAUGCAUUUACUGUAUAAAAACCUCAUUGACUACUAUAGUUUUAAUGCCAUAGCAAUGUAGCCAUGUUGUUUCUGUCAAAUAUUGUAAGGGAUUUUUGUUGUUUUGCAUUACUCUUUAGGGUCUAAUGAUUUUUUUUAAUCGUUAACCAUAUGCACUGUGUCAAGAUGUUUACCAGUUCCACUCUGUGUGCUAUGCACAAGCUAAAGUUAAAGGGAUAGUUCACCCAGAAAUAUUGUCAUAAUUUACUCGCAUGUUGUUCCAAACCUGUAUGACUUUAUUUCUGCAGAACCCAAAAAAAGGUGUUUAAUCUGUUUUUGUCCAUACCAUGAAAGUCAGUGGGGUCCGAACAACACUGGAGACCACUGAUUUUCAUUGUCUAGACAAAAUAAGACACCAAGACUUUUUUUUUUCUUCUUCAAAAUAUCUACUUUUGUGUUCCACAGAAGAAAGUCAUACAAGUUUGGAGUGACAUAAGGGUGAGCAAAUGAUGACAGAAUUUUCAUUUUUGGUUAAACUGUGCUAUAUUUAGAGCUCUUUAACAUAUAAUUUGGGUUUGACUUAUUAGACUUUAGAUUAAGGAUUGCAAUGUGGGUUGUCUGAAUUGAUAUCCUUUUAAAAUGAGCAUUUCUCCUCAAUGUCAUGCUCGGGCAGUCGGGGGCCUUUAGACGUAACAGAUCAGAUGUUAUUCUUCAAUACAAUCAGGCGUUGAGGGCGAUGAAACUUGCCCCAUUUAAUAAAAACGAUACACUGACAUCUGAGCCGUGUGAAUAUUUCCCACAUCAUAAUGCAUGUCCAUGUACAGAUUUAAAUGUUUAUACUUUUACAUUUUGUAACAUGAUAUAAAUAUGUCUUGACUGUACAAGGAAUUAUCCCUGUGCGCUGUUUAUUCAUCCCAGCUCCACCAAGCUUUCCGCUAUCAUUUCUUCCUAGGCUUUUCCAAGUCACCUUGUGCUUCAAUGUUUUUGGCUGCAGGUUUUUAUAAAUAACUCUUGGCAUAAGUCUGGAGCUAAUAAUAGCUUCGUCAGAACUGCAGCCUGUCACACUACAGCAGCUGUGCUCCCUUGCAACUUUCUUCUCCUUGUUCCCUCCCUCCAACCUCAGUCCCCUUUUAUCCCCAGACUCUUGUCAGUGGAGAGGAGCACUUUUGAAGAUAUCCUCUGAGGACUGUGAAAGCAUGAUACUGUGAGGACCUCAAUUUUGUGGGCUGCUUGGGAUAAAAAGAUUAAAUUCAGCUUUUUGGAAUUA